GGCAAUAUGUUUCAUCAACUCAAUCAGCUGAAUCAGCUGAGCGCAAGACACGCGACGCAAUCGCUUUGGCACACGGCGAGACGAGCAGAUGCGCACCUUGGCUUUGCUUGGCACGAGCCUAUUGGCUCUGCAGCAAGCAGCCGCUUCUGCACUGACCACCACAGUCACCGCCCACGAAAAGUCAUGUUUCUAUGCUAACGUGGACAAGCUUGGCGAAAAGAUUGGCUUCUACUUUGCGGUACAAUCCGGUGGCUCGUUCGACAUUGACUGGGUGGUGACCGAUCCAAAGGAUAUGAUCAUCAUCGAAGGCCAACGAGAGCGUCAAGGCGACUACAUCUUCACGGGCAAUCUCGUCGGGGAGUACUCCUUCUGCUUCAGCAACGACAUGUCCAGCUUUUCCGAGAAGCUCAUCGAUUUCGACAUCAUGGUCGAGUCUGAGCCAAGGCCAGUCGCUCCUGCCCGCCCGACUUCGCUCGUCGAACAGACCUCAAGUCUUGAGGAGUCGAUCUACAAGCUCUCUGGCUCGCUCAGCUCGAUACAGCGAACGCAGAGAUACUUCAAGACUCGCGACACUAGGAACAGAUCGACGGUUCAUUCGACGUCCUGGCGCAUCCUCCUCUUCUCGCUUGGCGAGAGCGCACUCAUGGUCGGCAUGUCCUUCCUCCAAGUCUUUAUCGUCAGGCAGUUCUUCUCUGGCUCGACUUCCAGGCGGCAUCGCGUCUGAGACGACGACAGAGCACGCCAUGCAUGUAACGUCAGCAACGAUUCUGUAGACAGACGCGCUUCCAAUGCAUGUAUUGUACCCUUGCCCGCG